UUUCGGCUGGUGAACCGCGAACCGUACCGUGCUGUGCCCUGCCGUGCCGCGAAUCUGUCUGCAGCCGCUUGCUGUAACCUGACGCCGCCAGAGCCACUCUGUUAUUUGUGCGUGCGCGUUGCCAAUAAACGGGCAGUGGCUUCAGCUCUGCUCCUCUGGCCAAGUGGCGUAGCCGAUUUGUGUGAUAAAAAUGUGAAUUUUGAUUGCCAUUGGACUCUAAAAUAUCAACCAAACUAAACACAACUCCAAGUGUUUAUCCCAUUUCCAGUAUGCAAAAAACUAUCGACAACAACAAUAACAACUGAAAUUGAAAUAACAAUGAAAGAAGAACAAUCGAAAUAGCAAAUACGAGAAAAAUGCAGUCGCAAUGACAGCGAAAAUUCGAUGAGAAACAAGAACAGGAUCUAAAAUCGAAAAAAAAACACCUUCAGCUUCGAUCGAAGUUUUAAUUAUUGUUUAAUUGCAACAAUAUUAAAAAAAAAACAAAAUAUCACCAACAGUUAUCGAAAUGGAAACUAAAAAAACCACCAAAAUCGAAAUUGCAACUAAACCAACAACUAAUAUCGAUAUAAAAAUUACAUAUACAAUCUAAAAACCAACUACGAAAACAGAAACUCAACAACAAUCCAUAUUAAAACUACACCAACGACUAAUAACGAAAUAAAAACUGCAACAAAAAGCGUAAUUUUAACUACAACUAAAAAAAAUCAACAACACUCCACUUUAAAACUACACCAACAAAUAAAAUCGUAAAACCAAUUACACCAACGAAUAAAAUAUAAAUCAAAUUCAACAAGAAAAUCCAAAUUACAACAUCAACAAAUAAAAUGGUUAUAUACUCAACAACGAUCGACAUUAAACUAUACCAACAAUCGUGAAAAAAAUAAGAAAACAAAAAAAUCGACAAAAAAUUUAAUAAACAAUGUAUAGUUCCUGCUACGUAGCUUUUUUGUAAAUGUGUAUGCGAGUGAGUGAGAAUGUUGCUAGAGAAAAGGACAGGUAGCGCAAAUGAAUUCCAAGAAACCCGCAACCAACACCAACACCAUUGCCAUCGCCUCCAAAAACUGAGAAGACAUCGAAAAAUACGCCCUACUGAAGGAGGAGUGCCAGAGGCGGAGGUAACGGCACCCGGAGGAGGUCCCUAGAGCCCCAAUCCUCGUAGGUAGCUGAAAUUGCAUAGGAAAAGGUAACCAAAACCCUCCCCAGGAAGGAACCACAAGGAACCACCAAAACCACACACACACAAAGAACAUGGAACGCAUGUGGCGGAAAGUCAACCACAGCCUGCGCAACACGAAAUCCCAGAGCCAGCAACAGCAGCCGAAUGCUAGCAGCGUCAGUAGUGGCGGUGGUGCCGCCGUCGCCAUCGUCUGUGGAGCUAAUGCCGCCACACCACAGUCGACCGAUACCAUCAACUCGGCGGGUGGGUUCGGCGAUGGGCAGCUGGUAGUUGCCGUUCAGGGAUUGCCCGGGGCAGCAGCGACGUCCGGAGGGGCGGCAUCUGCCGCUAGUGCGGCGGCAACGACUGCAACUGUCACUGCCAAAGGAGGCAGCAAUGCCACCGGGCGGCGUUUGGCUAGCAGCGGCCAAACCUUGCCCGUAUCCGGCGGCGCCAGCAAGUCGCUCAGCCAGCAUGUCCUGCAGACGCGGACCGCCUCCUCGGAGCGGCGUCGGCGACGCAGGCGCAAGAGCCGGCCCCGACGCGGCGGUGGCAUGGGAGCCGUCACCAGUUGCGUGGGCGAUCCGAGCGGCGAUAAUAUGUCAUCCUCCGGCGGCUUCUACACUCUGAAGGACCACCACCAGUACUAUCGUCACGGGCACCAUGGCCACGGAGCCGCCGGCGGUGGAGGGUCUGGCUCUUCGCGUCGCCUGUUCGCUACCUCAGCGCCCAGCGGCACCGUGAUGAUGUAUCCCAAUCCCCAGCGAGCACCCACCCUGACAGCGGCCGGCGGAUCUGUAUCUGGAUGUGGUGCUGCCGUAGGAGGCGGAUCCGUUGCCGUUGCCACUGUUGGGGCCGGGGCUGUGGCCCAGCCGGACAUCUCUUUGCGGCAGCGAGCGGUGGCCAAGCUGCGGAUGUUCAACUUCCACCUCAACUGGGAUCUGCACAUGACGCACUGCAAGCCCUGCGGACCCCGGCUGAGUGGGAGUGGCAACAUCAUCACGCGCCGCCUGUGCCGCAACCGGAGGCGGGAGGACAACGAGCUGUACCGCUCCAACAGCUUCAAGUUCGAGCGCUUCGAGCGCAAGGAGUGCCUCCAGGAGCUCUCCAACACAUUGCAGAAGCAGAUUGCCAUCUGUGAUGAUUACAGCCUGCCCGUAGACUUUGUUAAAAAACGACCGUCCAGCUUCGAUCCGUGCCUGGCGGAGGCGAUACCAACGAACCCCGAGCACUGGAUAGUCCCCAGUCCCCAGCAAACGGAGUUUCUGCCAUUCGGAGAAGCCCAACAAGCGACGCAGCAACCUUCAGCAGCAGCAGCAGCAGCGGCAGCGGCAGCACCGCCUCUACCGCCGCCACCGCUUUGCCCGGUCCCCUCGGCCACUUUGCCCAUUCAGCAGCCGCCAACGGCAGCGGCAGCAUCUGCAGCAGCAGCAGCAGCAGCAGCAACCCACCAGCAGCAGCAGCAGCAGCAGCAGCUGAACAACAACAACAACAACACGCACAUCGGCAACCACUCGGUGCACCAGCAGCAGCAGCAGCACCUCCACAACAACACCACCAACAACAACAACACGUUGCCAGUUGGGGCACAACAAGUGCAGCAGCAGCUACAGCAUCGUGCAACAUUGCAACAUCCGCCGCUGCCCAACAGCAACAUCAAGCAGGCCUCCGUGAAGCUGAUCGAAGGCUACUCCGAUCCGAAGGACACGCGCCACCAGAGCGGCAACGGCCACCACAAGAAGGUGUACCACAAGAAGGCUAAGCGCCGCACGGCCCCGAGCCACAAGCGCCACCAACAGCAGCAGCAGCAGCAACAGCAGCCGCAGCAGUUGCAACAUACAUUGCAGCAGCGGCAUUCCACGUACAACAACAACAACGACCAGCAGCACCAGCGGAAGGAUAAACGGAACAGCCACUACGAUUCGGACUCCUCUGCGCCCAAGUCCUCCGACGAGGAGGCGGACAUAGACGAGGAGGCCGAUCAGCCCCAGAAGCAGCAGCCACAGCAGGCUCCAUCCCAGGCUGCAGCGCCGGGAACAACUCCUGGAGCGGUGGUUCUCAAUUCGCCGGACUCCAUAUCGGACGAUCUGGUGCGCCCGCUGCCGCCCCAACUGCAGCGGAGUCCACGAAAGCUGACCGUCGCCCCGGCAGCAGAGUACAGCAAGCGCCAGCCUUCGCCCUACUACUACUCCGAUCUUCUCAAGAGCCGCGACAAGGACAAGGACAAGGACAAGGACAGGGACAAGGACAAGGAGGCCAAGCAGAAGUGCCGCCAGUCGACGGCCAGCGAGCCGCCGCAGCUGAGAGCGGAGCUUCCGUGCCUGGGUGGUUACCGCAAGAGCUCCAGCUUGGAUGUGCCCCAGCAGGAGCACGGAGAGGAGCCGCAGCCAUCAGGAGCAGCAGCAGCAGCAGGAGUAGAAGACAGCGACCAGGACAACGACAACAAGGACAACAACGACGACCACGAGCACAGGGAGGUCGAGGGAGUCCGAGAGGGAGAGGAGCGGACAGCGGACAACGAUCGUCUCGAGGAAGAAGAGGGGUCCGAGGAGGCACCCGGCGGCGACCAGUCGACGCCCAAGCGCUACAGCUUCACGGAGGAGGGUGUGCACAUCAUCCGGUGCGAGACGCCCAGCACCAGCACCUCGGAGGAGUCCGACUGCAGCGAGUGCCUCAAGCGGCGCGAGUGGCAUGCCCGGGCUCUGGCCCUAGUCCGCAAGACCUGCAACGUCCAGCCGCGCCACGACUCCCAGUCCCAGUCGCAGUCGCAGUCCCAUCCCGAUCCAUCCACUGGGAGCGAGCUCCAUCUGCAGCUGCAACACUGCGACGCCGGCGAGGGGGAACUGCUCAAGUGCUGUCCCCCGCCUCCUGCGAGCGCCAACGCCCCGAAUCCCACAGCCGCGACCCGCGACCCAGCAGAGCCUUCGGCGCCGAUGCCACCGCACCGUCUGCUCGGACCAGCAGCCGUGUGCGGAGCCUGUGUAGCCGCCCCCCCAGCCGGAGCCGGAGGAGGAGCUGGAGGUGGACUGAGCGAUGAGCCGGAGGAGGAGCUCGAGGAGUACUUCCGGCCGCGCAGCAUCUUCUACGUGCAUCCGCAUGGCGUCCACGAGUGCGCCGAGUGCGCCCCGAUCCCAAUCCCGAUCCCGCUGCCCCUGCCGCUGCCACUGGCCCGUCCCGAGAAGCUGCCACUGAGCCUCAGCGGACACUCAGCCGCGCAGUCCGUCAACACGCUCGAUCUCUACGGGGACGACGAGCGCGAGGAGGAGGAGGACGACGACGACGACGACGACGACGUCGAGGAAGACGAAGACGACGACGAGGACGACCCGGACUCGGACAUAAUGACCAGCCGCAGGCGGCAGAUCUACGAGACGGCCUUCGACUGCAAGAUAGCCAAGUCGGACGACGACCUGGACGAGGUGGACCGCAUCACCAACCACUCGGUGCUCCUCCAGCUGAGCAACGGCAACGGCAACAGCGAGACCGUCGCGGCGGCUACGGCUGCAGCCUCGGCCGCCAAGGCCAAGAGCCGCCUCGAGUGCAAGCGAACAAAGAACUCCAAGAACCAGGCCCUCCAGGAGCAGAACAGCGAUGGCCAUGGCCACGCCCACGCCCACGUCCAGGUGCACCAGGUGCAGGCGGAACUGGGAAAUCUGAAGCUCGAGGAACGGGAUCACCAGAAUCAGAACCAGAGCAGCGACCCAGUGGCGGUGGCGGCGCCGGUAGGAAGUGGAGCCAGUGCCUCCAGCACGCAGCAGCUGCCGGUGCGGGGCUACACGCCCUCGCCGCCCUCGACGGCACCACUGCCUAUGAAAUUUCCCGGAAAGCAGGAGCGCUACAUGAACAGCAUCAAGAGCGCCCCCAACCUGCCCGCCGCCAAUCCGGCGCAUCCGCGACUGCGCGACCUGCGCCUUCCCCUCCAGGGGAUGCGUCUCCAGCAGCCGCAGCAGCAGCAGCUGUGCGCCUCCAGUAACGACAACAGCCUCACCGACAGCGCCUACGUGAAUCCGCCCUCGACCAACUCGAACUCCGCCUCGGCCGGGGCCUCGGCCUCCGCUUCAGUGUCCGUCACCGCUUCCGCCUCGGCUGCCGCCCGGCGGCCGCGCUCCUUUGUGCUGGAGUCGGGUCGAGUCCUGGAACUGCGGCGCAGCGCCCAGCCCCACCCGCAGCAGCAGCGCCAGCACCACCACCACCACCAUCACCAUGCCGCAGGCGUAUCGGCCGGACGUCGCACCCGCCAUGGCCACGGCCACGGCCAGGCGCAGGGUCAGGGGCACAACUACAGCUCCACGGAGUCCAUAGCCACCUCGAGCAGCGGGGGCAGCAUGGAGUCGCUGCGCUCGAGCACCAGCGAGGGCAACCGGAGCACCUCCAGCUCGGAGUCGCGCCACUCGAGCUCCCUCAGCUCCCACAGCUCGGAGAGCGGCAGCUGCAGCUCCAGCGUGGCCUACCCGCUGCGGCCGGCGCCGCUCUUGCUGCACUCCAAGCUGCACAUCCUCAGUCCCAUCUCGGACAAGUCCUCGCAGGAGCCGGCCUCGGCCAGUGCUUCCGAACAGUCGCAGCAGCCGUCCCAGACCCAGUCGCAGGCCCCAGUCCAGGAGGAGCACGAGGCCCUCGUGGCGGGCACCUCCACCUCCGCCGGCGCCGGCGCCACCUCCGCUCCGCUUUCGUCCAAGCAGCAGCGCAACCAGCGGGGAGGAGGAGCGGCGCCCAACAAGGCGCUGCUGCACCUGGCCGACGAGCUGCUCGGCUCCGACAGCGGCAUCUCGCUCCACUCGCGGGAGGAGGGCAAGCCGCCGCCGGCCCUGGCCCUGCAGCGCCUCACGCUGCCCAAGCUGCCCAAGCUGCAGCUCAUUGGAGCAGAGCCCGCCAGCCAGGGAGCUGGCGGCGGAUCCUCGGCAGCAGGCAGCUCGGGCACGGGCACUACUGCCGGUGGAGGGGGAGGAUCUGCAUCGGCAUCAGGAUCGGGCAACGUUGGCAUACCGCAGGAGCUGCGCGACCUGCCCUUCGACAUGCCAAAGCUGCGGCGCCGCAAGACGCUGCAGCAGGAGGCGGCCUGCACCUCCGGCAGCGCCACCUCGGUGGACCUGGGCGAGCUGCCCUUCGACAUGCCCAAAUUGCGGCGGCGCCUGCGCGCCAACCAGGCGGAGAUCAACAACCUGCUGAUGCACAGCACCGAGUCCAGUGGCAUCUCGCAGGCCUCCUCCAGCCACUCGAUGCGGGAGGAUCAGAAGUUGGCCAGCAAGCUGGAUACAGCCCUGUUCCGGCAGAACCUUACGCUGAAUCUGAACGAGCCGCGGCAGGCCACCAAACAGUUCGGCAGCCUCGACCUGCGGGGCCUCAACAGCACCAAGGAGCUGAACAUGAAUCUCUGCCAGGGCUAUGUGACGGCCGUGGAUCUGAUUGAUGUCAGCAUACCACUGGAGCGGCAGGGUUGGUACCACGGCGCCAUUACGCGCAUCGAGGCGGAGACGACGCUCCGUCCGCUGUCGGAGGGCUCUUUUCUGGUGCGGAACUGCGAGUCCACCAAGCAGGAUUACUCCCUCUCUCUCAAGGGAGCCAAGGGCUUCAUGCAUAUGCGGAUUCAGCGGAACGAAACGGGCCAGUACAUCCUAGGCCAGUUCAGUCGUCCCUUCGAUACAGUGCCGGACAUGAUCCGUCACUUCUGCCUCAACCGGCUGCCAGUGCGCGGUGCCGAGCACAUGUGUCUGAUCGAGCCGGUCAUUGCGCAGCUGCUCUAGGAGGGAGGUCCUCGUGGUCCCAGUGGAGGAGCAGCAGUCAUCGCGAUGAUCAUCGCGGAAGGAAACCAAACAGAAUUACAUAUUAAUAGCAUAUAGAGUAUAAAGGAUAUAAAACAUACGUAUGCACUAGUUAUAUGCAUAUAUGCGUAUAUGCGAUAGUUUUAAACGCAACUUGCAAUUCUUUUUCUUCCCAUGUUUUUUUUUUUUGUUUGUUGUUUUUGCAUCAAGUCUUUGUAUAUCGGAUAAACGAUCUACGAAACAGCAAGAAACACCAACCCCUCCCACACACCCCCUCUGACACACAAACACGAACUAUUGUAGUUUAGCGUUUAAAGUACGUAGCACAUUCAGACAAUACCAGCAAAUGACAAAAAAAAAAAA